AAAAUCUCUGGAAACCACAGAUAGUGACGCAAUCCGCAAAGAAAAAAAGAAAGAAAAAAAAAAACAUGUGACGUAGAGGGCAAGAUGGCGGCUCCCCUCGCCACGAUGAAAUUUUGGAAGCCGGGGUCUGAGGCACCGGGGAUCUCAGAGGAGCGGGAGCUCAACACAGAGACCACCGGCUCCCCCAUCAUAUUCAACCCGCACACCGCCCUCUCUAUAGAGAAACAACGACAGAAACUCCCUGUUUUCAAGCACAGAAACAACAUCUUGUACUUGGUGGAGAGUUACCAGACGGUCAUCAUAGUUGGUGAAACAGGAUGUGGGAAGACAACACAGAUACCUCAGUACCUGCUGGAGGCUGGCUGGGCAGCAGAGGGGAAGGUGAUUGGAGUGACACAGCCUCGGCGUGUGGCUGCUAUCUCUGUUGCAAACCGUGUUGCAGAGGAGCGGGGGGCCCUGCUGGGACAUGAGGUGGGGUACACCAUCCGAUUCGAUGACUGUUCUGAUCCCCAUGCCACAAGGAUCAAGUUCCUUACAGAUGGCAUGCUGGUGCGGGAGAUGAUGGCCGAUCCUCUUUUGAAAAAAUACAGUGUGUUGAUGCUGGAUGAAGCACAUGAGAGAACCCUGUAUACAGACAUAGCCAUUGGUCUACUCAAGAAGAUUCAGAAGAAGCGGCGAGACCUGCGGCUGAUUGUGGCCUCCGCCACUCUGGAUGCCAAGAAAUUCCAUGACUUCUUCAACCUGAAUGAGACUGCGGAUCCGAACAAGGACACGUGUGGUAUUCUGACAGUGGAAGGACGCACCUUUCCAGUGGACGUCUUCUACACUGUCAGUCCUGUCCCAGACUACGUGAAAGCCACAGUAGAGACAGUGAUGAAGAUCCAUGAGACAGAAGAUGAUGGAGAUGUCCUGGCUUUUCUAACUGGACAGGAAGAGGUGGAGAAGGUGGUGUCGCUGCUGCAGGACCAAGCUAGGUCUCUGUCACGAUAUGGCAUGAAAAAACAUCUGAGAAUUUUGCCCAUGUACUCUGGUCUACCAUAUGCUGAGCAAAUGAAGGUCUUUGAGAGGGCGCCUUCCUCUGUUCGCAAGGUUGUGGUGGCUACUAACAUAGCUGAGACCUCCAUCACUAUAAAUGGAAUCGUAUUCGUCAUCGACUGUGCGUUCGUGAAGCUGCGAGCCUAUAAUCCCAGCACUGCCAUUGAAUCACUGGUGGUCACCCCCAUCUCCAAAGCUUCAGCCAGUCAGAGGGCUGGGAGAGCCGGAAGAAACCGACCUGGAAAAUGCUUUAGACUUUACACAGAGGAGGACUUUGAGAAACUGCCUGCCUCUACUGUGCCAGAGAUGCAGCGCACCAAUUUGGCCCCUGUCAUCCUGCAGCUCAAAGCAUUAGGCAUCGACAACGUGCUGCGGUUCAGCUUCCUUUCUCCUCCUCCAGCUCAGACCAUGGUCCAGGCUCUGGAACUUCUCUACGCUCUGGGAGGUUUGGACCAUUACGGCCGUUUGACCGAUCCCACGGGUGUGCGGAUGGCAGAGUUUCCUCUCAGCCCCAUGUUUGCCAAGAUGCUCCUGGAGUCAGGGAACUUUGGCUGCUCCAAAGAGAUCGUUACCAUAGCAGCGAUGAUGCAGAUUCAGAAUAUAUUUGUUGUGCCACCCAAUCAGAAGAAAGCUGCCGCCCGAGAGCACAGGAAAUUCGCAGUCGCUGAAGGAGACCACCUCACCAUGCUGAAUGUGUAUGAAGCGUUCAUUAAGCACCAGAAGAGCUCCCAGUGGUGUCAGGAACAUUUUCUCAACUACAAGGGUCUGCUGCGGGCCGUGACUGUACGAGAGCAGCUGCGGCGUCUCAUGAACAAGUUUAAGGUGCCACGGACUUCCAGUGAAGGUGAUCCUGAUGUGAUCCUGAAGUGCAUUGUAUCUGGGUUUUUCGCUAAUGCAGCCCGCAUCCACCAUUCUGGUUCCUACAGGACUUUACGAGAUGACCGCGAGCUGCACAUCCACCCCAACUCUGUGCUUUUUGGAGAAAAACCUCCAAAAUGGGUUGUCUUCAAUGAAGUGGUGCAGACAUCAAAAUACUACAUGCGCGAUGUGACUGCUGCUGAGUCGUCCUGGUUGGUUGAGUUGGCCCCUCACUUUUACAAGCAGGCCAAGCAUGGUUCACUGGCCAGCAAGAGAUCCCGGGUCCUCUAAGUCUUGCCAUCAUUUCACCACAAUAAGACAGGAAGACUCAUUGAACUAAAUGGAGAAAAGCCCUCUCAAGUUGCCACUGUGCCCCUCUCCACUUCAUUGUAUAUAAAGAUGUAAUAUAUAUUUAUUGUCCAUGUCCACCUGCACAGCCCUUCCACCCUAUGUGGCCAUGCUCGAAUGGGAUUAAGUGGAUAUAUUUUUAGUGCUGAUGUUAACACAUGUGACUUGCUUCGUUUGAAUGUGUCUGUCUUCCUUUUUGGCAGCGAUGUAGUUUAUAUAUGAUCCGUGAGAGUAAAUGAUGAUGAAUGUGAGAUGAGUCCAGGCUGUGCCUGAUGUGUUCAUUCACGCAUGGUCAUAUAGUUCAUUCAUACUUGUACAUAGUCAGAACAUCCUGAGGUCCAGGGAACAACUCCUGUGCCAGAGGCCUGUCCAUACCUGGUUCUACCUGGCUUCAUUAUUUUUUUAAUUGCUGUAUUUUUUCCAGUUGCAUGAUAAAUAAUGGAAGAUGAUGAAAUGUGAGGAUGUUUCCCUUUGAGAGACUUAUUGUUUAGUGUUUUUGGUUAAUUUGCUCACCCCAUACCCUGGGUGCCUUUAUGUUUUUAAUUGGUUCACUUUAACUUUAGUUUUGAUCUCUUAAACUUUCUGUUUGUAGUGGUAUAUAUUUUCAGACAUGGAGAGGGAAAUGCAUUUCUUUAUAUAUAUAUUUUUUCUUAGUCAACUUUCAGUUUUUACAUCUAACAAUGAUACUGUGAAAGGAGUGCUUUACUUUUGGAUCCUCGUUUUCCAUUCUGGAUUGCCACUUAACUACAGUGUAGCUCAGACAUAGUGGCCUUGUCACCACUCUGUGCCAGUUUUCUUUAUCAGCCUAUUUCACAUUUCAUUUUCAGAUGGAAUGUGCAAAUACACCCAAGCAUUGUAAACGAAAAGCUGUGAAAUCAAAACUACAAAUGAAGUGCCAUUUCCUGCUGUGAUGACAUAAAGUGCAUUCAGACAUGCAUCCAAAGCCUCAAAGAAACAGUAGCAUUUAUCAGAUUCCAGCCAUCUCUUUGGCAUCACAAUUGCCUUUCCUCUUAUGGUUUGUCUCACUUUUCAUCAAGGCAGUAUUGUUCUUUUCUUUCCAUGUUACCAUCCACGUCUAGCUGGUGUUCAGUAAAAUGGCCGGUUACAGUAUUUGUGAUUUCCAUUCCACAUAGACUGCAUGUGUCCUACCGCUCUGCUUUUGUCUUAAUUUGAACUUUAUGGUUCUGUUUGUCUUCAGAGGUACUUGGCCCUGAAAGUGUCAGUGAGCAGUAUAUUAAAAGGUUUGUCAUUUUACUCUGCUGGGAUGUACUUUCAAACCAGUAAGGUCACUGUCACCCCAUUUUACUUCUGCCUGCAUGGUCUUUCGUAGAACUUGUUCUUGAGGUUACGACUGUAGAUUCAGUGAACCUGUAAUCAAACCACAGAACAACACACCAUACAGUAGAUAGGUAAACCAACUCAAAUUAGAUGGAUAUACAAAAGUACCUUUGCAUGUUAAAUGGUACUCUGAUGUAGAUCUAUACACUUAAGAACACCUCGUAGACUUGUUGCAAAUGAAAACAUUUGCGAGAUGACUUGUUUAUUCUCAUUUGUGCUGAUACUUCAGCGUAUGUAUGCAGCCAAAGCAGUAAUCUGUAGACCUGUGUAAAUGCUCACCUCUGAGAUAAAAACUCACCUGCCAUUUCUUCCUCACAUCCUCAAAUAAAGCCUUAUUGUCAUGCA